AUGAAUGUUCAGAGUAAGGCAUCUUUCGCCAAAUCACAUGCAUCUACUGCAUCCGCUGAAUCCGAGUACAAAUGCGACUUCUGUGGCAAGGGCCACCUAAACUACACUUGUCCAGAAUUCAAAGCGCUUCCCUUACAGCAACGAUUGUCUAAGGUUCGAGAACGAAACACUUGUUUUAAUUGCCUCAGGAAAGGCCAUCGCAGUAGAGAUUGCCCUUCCGAUAAAACAUGCUUCAAAUGCAAUAGGAAGCAUCACAGUCUACUCCACGCGGAAGAAAAAACAAGUUCUCCAGUAACAAAGGAGAGAAGUUCAUCCAGAGAAGCUGAUACUCAAACAGUUAAGAAACCGACGCAAGAAGCAAAUCAUCAGGAACAAACACAACUUACUGCUGCCACCUGUUCGAGUGUACUUCCAAUACAGCAUAUACUUCUUCUCACAGCCGUUGUAGAGGUGAUGGACAAAAACUACAAACCCCACCCGUGCAGAAUUUUAUUGGAUAGUGGAUCCCAAGCCAAUCUGAUUUCGCGGUCCAUGAUAAAUGCAUUAGGAUUGCAGCAGUUUCCAUUAAAGGUAACCGUAAAGGGAGUAAAUAGCACGAAGAGCCAUUCGUCAAUGAGCAGCAUAGUCCAAAUCCGAUCUAAAUAUUCAGACUUCAGAGCGAGUCUUCAAUGUUUGGUGACGGACAACGUGACGGCAGACUUGCCCACUUCAAGCUUCGAUGUUAGUAACUGGGUGCUUCCAACAGGUGUUCAACUCGCCGAUCCGACGUUCCAUCAAACUGGCAAAAUAGAUAUGUUGAUUGGAAGCCAGUGGUUCCUGAAAUUGCUAUUGCCAGGAGAGAUAACAUUAGCCGAAAAUCUUCCCGUACUUAAAGAGACUCAAUUCGGUUGGGUCCUGGGUGGCAGCUAUGGAGGCGAGACAACAUCUAACUACAUAGUACAUUCACAUGCUGCAACGUUUGAUGAUUUGGAUCAGCUUAUCCGUCGGUUUUGGGAGGUCGAAGAAGUUUCCAACGAUGCACAUGGUUCCAAUGAAGAAGAAGAAUGCGAGCAGCAUUUCCUAAACACUCAUCGACGAGAUGCUUCUGGCAGAUACAUUGUUCAGUUGCCUCUCAAGGAUUGUUUUAAUGAGCUUGGCAACUCCAGAGCCAUGGCGCUACGAAGAUUCUACGCAUUGGAGAGAAGGUUGAAUCAGCAUCCUGAUUUGAAGCAGCAAUACUCAGAGUUCAUGAGUGAGUACGAAGAUCUUGGACACUGCAAAGAGAUCAAUGAAUUCAACGAUCCACCACAUAUAAGCAAAUGGUACCUACCUCAUCAUGCUAUUAUUCGACCGUCAAAUACAACCACUAAGUGUCGUGUCGUAUUCGACGCUUCUGCAAAGGUGUUCGGCCUCUCCCUGAAUGAUGUCAUGAAGAUAGGUACUAUUAUUCAGAGCGACUUGCAAUCAAUCAUCCUACGCUUCCGUGAACCUCGCUAUGUUUUGACUACAGACAUAGCGAAAAUGUAUAGGCAGAUUGUUGUUGACGACUGCCACACUCCGUUGCAAAGAAUAUUCUGGCGGAAAGAUUCAUCGAGCGUCGUGCGUGUAUUGGAAUUAACAACGGUUACAUACGGCACGGCAUCUGCACCCUUUUUGGUCACAAGGGCCCUUAAGCAGCUGUCCAUCGACGAACGAGAUAAGUUUCCUAUGGUAGCGGAUAUAGUCGACAAAAAUUUCUACGUCGAUAAUGGCUUGUUUGGAUACGACGACUUAUCACAAGCACGCGAUGCGCAAAACCAAUUGAUUCACUUGCUGAAGGCCGGUGGAUUCCAUUUGCACAAAUGGUCAUCGAAUAGUUUAGAGCUGUUGGAGACCAUUCCUGAAGCGGAUCGAGAGCAGCUAGUAAGUUUUGAAGAAUCCGGAGCCAACGAAGUCAUUAAAAUGCUUGGAUUAAUGUGGAAUCCUUCAACGGACGAGCUGCUGUUCGUAUCAAUGCCCACCUGUGAUAUAGAAACGCCAACCAAACGACAAGUUUUAUCCUUGAUAGCCAGAAUGUUUGAUCCUUUGGGGUUGGUGUCUCCAGUAGUUAUCAUUGGCAAACUUCUUAUGCAGCAAACCUGGAAGGAAAACAUUGAUUGGGAUGAACAAAUUACAGGAGAGUUGUUGAAAAAUUGGAAAUACUUCCUUGUCGCUAUCGCCGGAAUCAAUCAACGGCACAUACCACGUCAAGUACUGGUGACCAAUGCUGCUCACUUUGAGCUGCAUGGCUUUGCGGAUGCUUCUCAAGGUGCAUUAGGAGCCUGUUUCUACAUUCGAUCCGUGAUCCCUGGUCUGGAUGCCGUAGUUAAACUACUUUGUGGGAAAUCGAAAGUAGUUCCAAAGGCAGCUCUCACAAUUCCUCGCAAGGAACUAGCGGCUGCGUUACUGCUGCAUCGUCUCGUGCAAAAAAUUAUUUCUUCCUCGAAUUUGCUUUUCAGUGCAAUCGUGUUGUGGUCUGACAGCCAAGUGGUUCUCGCAUGGUUGAAGAAAAAUCCCAGCCUACUAGAAAUUUUCGUGCGAAACAGAGUAUGUGAAAUUAUCUCUACUGAGAAUCAAUUUGAAUGGAGAUACGUAAAAACUUCCGAGAAUCCAGCCGAUGUGGUUUCUCGGGGUCAAUCAGCCAUUAAGUUAGCAACGAACAAUUUAUGGUGGAGUGGUUCAUUGUUCUUGAAAAGUGAUCCUUACGAGAUUGAAACUCCUACCCAACUAUGCGAUGAUGAUAUUCCAGAAAUGAAGUGUGUUGCCGUGGUGCAUACGGUUGCGCGUUAUGAAAAAUUACCAGUUUUCCAAAAAUUUGAAUCUUUUCGUAAAUUACAAAGAGUUAUUGCAUAUGUUCUACGAUUCUGCAAGAACGCGAAGGAGAAAUCAGCGGAAACCCGUAUCCUGAAAAAAUACCCUACUAUGACCGAGAUGAACGAAUCCAUGAAGGUGAUUGUUAGAGUGAUUCAGUAUCAAGAAUUUGCAGAUGAGAUAGCCCGUUUGAAAUCAGGUGUGCAAUGCAAGAGAUUGUACAAUUUGAAUCCUGUUAUCGACGAAGAGAUGCUAAGAGUUGGCGGUCGACUUCGACAUUCCCAACUACCAUUUUCCAGCAAACACCAGUGGAUUUUACCAAAUCGCAAUAAUGUAGUUGACAGUCUAAUUAAUGCACUUCACCGUGAGAAUCUGCAUAUAGGUCCUACCGCUCUUCUAGCGACUCUUCGGCGUCAGUUUUGGGUUCCGAAUGGUCGUUCUGCUGUGCGUAAGAUCACUCGUAGCUGUGUCCAGUGCUUUAAGACCAAACCGACAACGGUAGGUCAGUUCAUGGGUGACCUGCCAGCCAGUCGUUGUGAACGAGCACCAGCUUUUCAAAAGGUUGGACUCGAUUAUGCUGGUCCUAUUCUUUUGAAGCAACCUGGACGAAAGGCAGUUGCUGUUAAGGGGUACAUUUGUAUCUUUGUGUGUAUGGUGACCAAGGGUAUUCAUCUGGAGGCAGUCGAAAGCCUAUCAACCGAUUCAUUCAUCGCAGCGUUACACCGGUUCGUAUCCCGACGAGGAGUACCAGAGGACAUGUUCUCUGACAAUGGGACCAACUUCGUUGGUGCAAAGAACCAACUGCAUGAAUUGUACCAAAUGUUUAAACAGCAGUUAACGGAAAGGAAGCUGUUUGAAUUUUGUCAACCUAGAAAAAUUAACUGGAAAAUGAUUCCACCAAGUGCUCCUCACAUGGGGGGAAUAUGGGAGGCAGGUGUAAAGAGUGCCAAAUCCGUACUUAAAAGAAUAUGCCAUACUACUACCCUUAACAUGGUAGAGUUCUCUACACUUCUCUGUCAAAUUGAAGCUGUUCUAAACUCUCGGCCUCUUUAUGCUCAUUCCGAUGAUCCAGCUGAUCCUGAACCGCUUACUCCGGGACAUUUUAUGAUCGACCGUCCAUUAACGUCCAUACCGGAGCCAACAUAUGAAGAGAUUCCAUGUAAAAAUAUGGGGAAAACGCAGUCAAGAGGUGUGCAAAACGCAGAAAACGCCCAGGUAAAUGUAGUGAAUACGUUGGACAGCCACACCGAUGCACAUGAUGCACAUGAACUGAAGCUGUGGAUCAUUCUUGUUGCGGUGUUAGCGCAACUCUUCGUGAUCAUUUAUAGAGAACACCAGAGAUCAACGAAGAAACGUGCCAUGAAGGCAGCUCUUUCAGUAGCAAAGUUGGAUGUGUGA